UGUUUCUAGAGGUUCUCCAGUUCUUAUUUUCAUACUCUGAUGAAAACCCAGUUCUGCUUUAGAGAAAAACAAACAGACUAUUGAUCCAGGACUGAACAUGCCGUGGUACAUUCAAUUCGAAGACUGAUGUAUUUGGUUUUUUAUGUCGCAGAUAUUAUUGCUUCAGUUUUAUUUCAUCUUUUUUUUCAGCUGUUUGUGUGGCAUCCAUUAAUAAACAAGUCAUAACUUUAAAAUUCAGCUGUCUCCAGGCGGGUCAGAGGUCGGUGCAGGAGGAAGACAACGCUGCCAUCCACCUGGAGGCUGGAAGGAGAACUGCAGCGGAUCCCUCAAGUUGAGGAUCGGCCUCUCCAGGUCUCCAUCAGAUGUGAUGUCAUGGCGACCAGCCUGCAGCCGUCAGGUCCUCUGGAUGUUUGAUCUUUGGUACCAGUACCAAACAGGAGGUCUUCCAUCGUUGUGGUACCUUGCCCCUCAUCAGGCUCAGGUUGAACCUCUGAAGCCUGGAGCUGACGCCGUCCGUCUGGACCUGCACCGACUCACACCUCAGUCUGUCGCUGCCCCUUCCUCACCUGAAGAGUUGAAAGGGACAAGAUGGAGGUGGAGGAGCUGACGGAGUCCUCUGUAGUGAAGGGGGUGGAUGAUGGCUGAGAACUGAAAGGUGUGACGUUUAGAGAAGAAAAAUUGUUAAAGUUGAUGUGACUAACAACAGGGAGCCAGGGGUCAGGGGCCAAGGCCCUGGGGGUCAAACCUGUUGAAGAACUGGUUCAGGUCAUAUGACCCCCAACCAAUAGGUCUCCUAUAGCCUGGGAAUUUGGUUUCCUCACAGCAACUUGACCUUUAUGCUUAAAGUUCUUGAUGAUCAUGAAUAUUUGAUUUCACAUUUUACCGGAACCAAAUAACUAAACGUUGCGUCUCUCGUAUAACACAUGUAUACAUUUAAGGUAUAAAAUCUAACAAACUUUCUAUUUCAAAAUGUCCAGAAGGUUUUUGUAGCUUUAAACAUUUUGUGGAAUCAGGUGUUCAAAUGUAAAACGCUGCUGAGCCCAGAUCUGGACUCAGACAGAAUUCAAUAAAUACUUUAUUGAUCCCAAAGGAAAUGAUUGAUUCAUUGAUUCAAAAUCCUUCAAAGAGUUAUUACAAAUGGACAAUCAUCUGUGAGUGCAAUAACAACGGAGGCCGUUAGGUUAACCAGGAGAUUUGUGUCAGCCUCAGAGCUCCGUCCUUCACAUCUGAUUGUGAACCAUCAGCCAAGUGUUAUAUAAUAGUGAGGUUUGCUCAAUGUGGAAGGACUGCUGCACCCAACAAGGUCACUGAUCCCAGAUAAGUUCACACACACACACACACACACACACACACACACACACGCACACACACGCACACCAACACACUGACAGGAUCACAUAUUAACAAUCCAAAUCAUUUCUUGUCAAUAAAAACAUUAGUACACGUGUUUACAUCCUGUGACUGAGCCGCCGUCCUCAUUAGAACCUGCAGUAGUUAGAAGUCCACUAUGUUCUCUAUGCGAGACAUUUGAUCCCCCCUCAUCCUCCUCCUCCCCUGUCGUGUCCCAGACUGUACUACAAACAUGCAGUGCGCACAUGGAGCUGCAUGAAGGCGGAGCUCUGCAUAGUUUCCAGGCUAUAAAAGUGCGCGGGAAUGAGCGAGAAGUUUGGACUCUAGAAACACACCGGCUGUUCCUCCGGUCUUCUCAGGGAGACGCGACCUGUUUUCUUCCGCCGGAAGCAGACUCUGCUGCUCCGCUGCUGUGCGCGGUGAUGCCGUGGCUGCGGUCCUCUUCCUCCCCCUCCUCCUCCGAGCAGUGCCUCUCCUGCUCGCCGUGUCAGCGGGAGUGUGAGCGGACGGCGUUCUCCUUCUACUGCGCGGUGCGGGAGCAGCUCCCGGUCUGGCUGCUGGAGGAGAUGCGCAGCAUGGAGGUGUUCUGCUGGGACAACGGAAGCCCGAGAGCCUUCCUGCCGUCUGAAGCCCUGCUGUACGCUAUAGUGCACGACCACCAGGACUAUGCGCGCUACCUGCUCAACAGGUACUCGGUGGGCGCGCUCCGAGCCCCGGCCUGCAGCUUCUGCUGCUGCCCCGGCAGCGGCGCGCCGCACCUGAGCGUGGCGGUGCGCUAUAACCGCGAGGCCGUCCUCGGAAUGGUGAUGGAGGCGCUGAAGGACUGCGGCGGCCCGGCCAAGCGCAGGGAGUACCUGGACGGCCGCGGCGGCUGCCUUCACGCCGCGGACGCGGGGAAGACCGCGGUGCAGCUGGCGGUGGAGCUGUCGCAUCCCGAGUGCCUGCUGCAGCUGCUGGUCCACGGCGCUCGGCCCGACGGCCUCGAGGUGGCGCUGCAGAGGUUGGUGUCGUGCGUGGUUCCGGAGCGGCAGCAGGCGCAGCGGUGCCUCGACUUCCUGCUGCUGUUUCUGGCCAAGCCACCGCUGCUGCCGUGCCUGCGGGAAGAGCCGCAGCGCUGGCAGGGGCUGCUGGGGAACAGGGUGUUCAGCUGGCUCUGCGGCCUGGCCCCCUCCCCCCUGCUGCUGCAGGCGCUCCGGUGUCUGGCCCAGUCCGGAUCAGACCGCAUCACGUCGCUGCCGGACUUCCUGCAGCCGCACAGCUGACAGUGACGACAUCUGUUGUGGAAGACAACCCCGAAGGACUGCUGCGACUGGACAGUUUAAAUAUACUGUAAAUAACAUGUAAAUAUUCCCUAAAUAGACAUAUUAUAGUGAAAAAAAUUGGGCUUGUGGAAUCUAUGCUGGAUUAAUGGAUCAUAAGCUUUAUUUAUGUGCUGGUUUAGUUGUAAUCUGGCAGUUGAAUGGUGCUGAAUAAAUGCCUGAAUUUUU